GCCAACCAUGACCGCAUUCAAGCCAGUGAAGUUUGAAGAUGAGCUGAAAAAGAAUCCGGAAAUGAAGAAGGAGGAUGUGCAAAUGUUGAAGGAUUGGAACAAGAAACAGCCACAUUUGCCCGAAAUGACCGACUCCGAAAUAGCGUUGUUUUUACACAGCAAUUAUUACCGGAUAGAAACAACAAAAAAUACUAUCGAUACUUAUUAUACCAUAAAGACACACGUCCCUGAAUUUUUUGCGAACAGAGAUCCUUUAGGAAACAAGGAUCUGAGAAAAUCUUUCCAGACAGUUACCACAUCAAUCUUGGAGAAGAAAACACCGGAGGGUUACAACAUUAUUUAUGGAAGGUUAAUCGAUCCAGAGCCGUCGCAUUACGUCUAUAACGACGGAAUGAAAUAUCUGAGCAUGGUGUUGGACUUGUGGCUCUACUCAGAGGGUACGAUGCCAGGACACAUCAUCUUAUUCGACAUGAAGAAUGUUGUACUAGGACAUGCUGCGCGAUUAAAUCCUAUGGGAUUGAAGAAGUAUCUGACCUUUCUGCAAGAUGCAUUACCGGUUCGUCUGAAAGGGUUUCACUUCAUGAAUAUCACGCCCGUGAUGGAUGUGAUACUCAACAUGAUGAAGCCGUUCAUGAAGAAAGAACUCAUGGACAUGCUUCACACACACACGAAUUUGGACACCUUAUCGAAAUUUAUUCCAAUCGACGUACUUCCAAAUGAAGCUGGUGGAAAAGGGGGCCCGCUAAUGAAGAUUCAUGAAAAAGCGGUUAAAGAGCUCGAAGCGAAUCGAGAUUAUUUUAUACAAGAAGAAUCGAGACGAGUCAACGAAUCGCUAAGACCUGGCAAAGGAAAAACAGCAUACGAUCUUUUUGGCGUCGAAGGAACAUUCAAGAAGCUGGAUAUCGAUUAAACGGUUAUAUAA